AUGAAAGGCUCUGGUCUCCACCUCUGCCUCCUGUCGGCUGUGUUUUAUUGCUUCUGGACACCUUCGGCUGGGCUGAAGACACUUCAUUUGGGGAGCUGUGUGAUCACCACAAACCUUCAGGAAAUGCGAAAUAGAUUUUCUGGGAUACGGGACAGUGUGCAAGCCAAAGAUGAGAUCAUUGACUUCAGAAUCUUGAGGAAGACUGAAUCUUUGCGAGGCACAAAGCCUGCAGAUCAGUGCUGCCUCCUCCGCCAUAUACUGAGACUCUACCUGGACACGGUAUUCAAAAACUAUCAGACCUCUGACCACCAUAUCCUCCGGAAGAUCAGCAGUCUCGCCAACUCUUUUCUUACUAUCAAGAAGGACCUCCGGCUUUGUCAUGCCCAUAUGACGUGCCCUUGUCGGGAGGAAGCAACAGAGAAAUACAGCCAGAUUCUGAGUCACUUCGAAGAGAAAAGCCUAGAAUACUCUCCUCGCUGA